GUUAUGGUUUAUAUUGUUUAAUAAAAUAACUUGUAUCUGUAUUAUUGUAAUAAAACUUAUUACUUAUAUAUUCUACUUCCACAUUUUUAUCAUGACAGCAGUUGUUCUGAAUAGCAACUAAUAGUCAAAGUGUAAUUAUAUUCUAUUUAUUUAUUAAAAUAUAGUACAGCGGAAGUGUUACGCGUCGGGAUUAUAUAUAUUUAUAAUAUCAUUAUACAUAUAUAGAAAAUAACUGAAUAAUUCAUAUUUCUUAUCUGAUAAUCAUAAUAAUGACUACUUUUUAUAAUUGUUUAGCAACAAAUACUGUAAAUUGAAUUCCUGCAAAUUAUAAGUUAAAGUUUGAACGUUUAUUACUUGCAGAGUUAUGUCACAAGCAUAAUUUGUUUUGUGUUCCUUUCUUUUUUUCAUUGGUGAAUGUAAUAACUUUUGUAGAAAUGUUUUUCUAUAAAAUAUAUGAACAUUCGCAAACAUAUAAGGAAUAAUUAAAUUAAGAUGAAAAUAAAUUUGAUUUUAGAUUUUCGCACUAACGAAACCUGCAGUUUUAUAAUUAGAUACGUAGGCAGCUUUUUUCCCUUCCGGUCUGAUAAAUUUAUUAAUUGCAGCUUAUAUCGUUUAUAACUUCUGACUAUACUCUUGAUCUUGUUAUUAAAAUUCUGUCUACAAUAUUCUUUUUUCUUUUUUGCGAAGUUCAUCAUAUAUCGUUUUGGAUUAAUGCAUAUACUGUAAGUUGAGCUUUUUACUUGAAGAUACUCCUAAAAACAACUUCCAAUAAAUGAUUCUUUAUACAUUAUAAUUUUUUUCCAAAUUUUAUCACUUUAAGUGAAACGUGCCCGAUAUAUUAUUAAUAUCAUAGGUGAAGUGUUUCGUGGAGCGUCUUCAGUAUAUCUCUUGUGAAUUAAAAGAUGAAAACGAGAUCGCUAUAAUAAAAAAAUAUGGAAACAGGGGAGAAUACAUUACAAUUAUAAUUACAUGUAAGAAAAUAUUGAAUGACAUUUUCCAUGCACCUAUGCGCGCACUCAAGUUAUUAUCAAGUUAUUAUUAUCACAUAAUAUAUAAUAAUUAUAAUUAAAAAUCUUAACAUGUUUUUAAUUAAAUAUACAAAUAUACAACACAUUACAAGGAAAACCAAAACUUUAAAGCAAAGUUAGCAUUCAUCAAGUACAUUACAGAAAUAACGAAAAGUUGAAUCGUUUCUCUGGAAACGGGCACAAUCGAAUUACACUUUGUCGUCUCGGUUAUUAAAAGUGUAAUGACGCAAGCGACUGACCCUUGCUCAAUUACAGAUUCGUAGUCAAAAGAAAUGUAUCAUUAUACUAUCGAGCAAGUAAUUUUAUUUGUGAAUUUUCUGCAAUUCCACGUGAACACUAAGUUUUAAUAUAAGACUAAGUUUUAAUAAUAUGAAAAUAAGUAAUUUAAUACUAAUUAGUUGUUGCAAAAUGGGAGAAUAUAUCGUGAACAUGACAACAGAGAUCCUAAUUUGUAACUUUCAUUUAAUUACAAUUUUUUUAAAUCCCGAAUCAUGACGUUAAAGAAAAACAACUUGUUUGUUUCCGUAGAGAAUGCCGUACAACGUCGUAAUCAUGUUCAACUUGUUUUCUGUUUUAUAGCUAUAGAGAUUACAUUAUUAUUAUUACUUAUUUUUCCGCCUGAAAACUUAGUGUUUAUUCAAUUUCUUGUUUGGUGUAUUUAUGCAGUUAUUAGUAUAUGAUGUAGUUACAUAGGUAAUAAUGUCUAGAUACAUAGAAAAUUCACACAUUUUAUCUAUUUUCUGUCAUAAUUGUGACUCUGUCAAGUAAAAGAUAUCCGCAGAGUCAACUAAACGUUUAAGUUGCUGCGAGAUAGUAGAGAACAUCAGGUUAAUUGAUUAAGCUAUCUGCUCAAUUAUUUUAAAACCUUACAGUGCUUGUGGUGUGCUGCUUAAUUAUUAUAACUAUUUUGCCAUUUUUGCCGUGGAUUCUUGGCACCUUUCUACUCGCAAAUGAAUCUCGACCACUUCACAAUACGCUAAUUGAACGACUGCGUUGGUGGGAGGAGGGUUGAUGCUAAUAGCAUACCUAAAACACAUUUGCGGACUGUUUAGCAUUGCAAGUUACCGUAUGCGGCAAACUAUAAUGUUAAAUAUUCACGAAGAAGCUAAUCGGAAGAACGAGAUGGAGAUGAACAAAAAGUUACGACAUGCAGUGGAUAUUCACCGUACGGCUAUUGAGUAUGCCUCUAUUAUACGUAUUUGGUUGUCUGAAUUCUUUACAUCUAGUUUCAAUACAACAUAUUUUUGUCUAAUAGUGGUAGGCGUUAUUUGUUUAGUCCUUAAUCUCUGUCAAGUAUUACGAUCUGCAGUGCUUCUAGGUAACAUAGAAGAGGUUAUAUUACACCUUAUUUUUGCAUUUGCAAUGGUGCUAUAUGUUUUUUUGGCCAACUAUAUCGGUGAAGAAAUUAUAAAGCAGUAUAACAACAUGUUUUCUAUAGCAUACAACAUUGAAUGGUAUACGGCUCCUAUAUGCAUACAAAGAUUGAUAUUAUUUCUGUUACAAAGAAGUUGUAAAGCUUAUGGCCUCAAAAUAGCUGGUCUUUUUAUAGCAUCUCUAGAGUGCUUUGCCUCGAUAAUUGCUGCAUCGAUAUCUUAUUUUACUGUUAUAUAUUCUACACAGAAGUGAUACGACUAUCAAUUAUCUACAGUAUAGUGAAGAGAAAUGAAUAGAUUUACAGAUAAGUGAUAGAAACCGUUUCCAAAUAAUUUGUUGCGUAAAUUGAUUAGUGGUUUAAACAUAUCACUUUCUUAAUAAUAUCUUUUAAUAUAAUAAUAUAGUUGAUAUGAAAUAAAAAACAAGUAGAAUGACGUUUGGGCACCUAAAAAGUUAUGUAUUAGCUUAAUGAAUUCUAAAGAAUAUGCUCGUGCACGCAUACGUGGUUGUGUUCGCGCGUGUACGUGUAUAUUACGUGUUUCUAUAUUUUUAAAACUUUAAUUGUUUAAUUUAUAGAUAUUUAAUAUCUUACAAAUUGAGGUCUGGUCGCAGAUUUAUUUAAUUUAGAAGGAUUACUUCUAUGAUCAGUACUCACUUCGCGUGGACAGUCGAAAACACAUACGAAUCUAUUAAACUUCUUCUUUUCUAACUUUUUAAUAAACAAUGAUCGCCGGUAAAAUAUUCCGAUAGGUUACUCAAGAGGAUGACCUCUAUAGUACAUGUCAAGAUCAAGAUCAUCGACACUGUGCCUUCGAAUCUAAAUACUUACCGCGGAAUCUAUUAAAAAUUUAUAGUCGUUAUAGAAUUAGCAUUCUCACGAAUGUUAUUAAUUAAAUAGGUCAUCAUUAGGAUAUGAUUAGAAAAUUGUAACUAUAUGAUAUCCUAUUUUAACAAUAUGAUAUCACAAAAUGCAACAGUUAAAUAUACGUAUGUAAAAACAUUAAUUUUUUCUGAUAAAUCAGAAUUCUUGAAUGCAAUUGUAUAUAAUUGUAUAUAAUAUGGCAAAAAUAUAAAUAAAAAUUGCGAA